AUGCCGCUUACAAAGGAUGUCAUCAAGUUUGGCACCUUUGUGGUGACGAGCCAGGUCUUCCACCUAACGCGUCUGUCCUUCGCCAUUGUCAACCUCAAACCCCUCCUGCCAGGCCAUGUGCUUGUCUCGCCACGCCGGACUGUGCCGCGUUUCAACGACCUAUCUACUGCCGAAGUACAAGACCUGUUUCUGACCGUGCAGCGCGUGUCGCGCAUGGUGGAACGCGUCUUCGAUGCCUCGUCCCUGAACAUUGCGAUACAAGAUGGUGUAGAUGCCGGACAGAGCGUGCCACACGUACAUGCCCAUAUCAUUCCGCGCCAGAAGGAGGACCUAGAGGCGCAGGGCGGCACCGACGCUAUAUACGGCAUGAUGGAGAGUGAAGACGCAGAUCUGAACAAGCAGCUGAGGGAGAAGGAAAGGGCUGCUCAGAGUCAUGUUCCCCAGGAUGAGAACAAAGGACACUUCCCCGCUGUCGACAAUGAUAGCCGCAAGCCUAGGAGCGACGAGGAAAUGCAAAAGGAAGCCGAGUGGCUGACGAAGGAAAUGGCAAAGGAUGCAGCAAGUCACGGAGAAGACGGCAGGACAUUGUCGUGA